CGGGUCCGUCUUGCCCAGCACCGGUCUCCUGUCUGCAGUCAGCAUGGCAGCACCGCUCAGAACCGCAUGGUCCCGCGUCCUUUGGAGGCGUUCAGCAGCUCCCUGCAAGCAGGUCCUGCUGCAGAAUGGAGCUGUAUAUCAUGCUUGUCAUAAAUCUACGUACUCGAUUCUCCCUGAAGACUACAACUGCAAAGUGGAACUUGCCGUGACAUCAGAUUUGAAGACGAUUGUGUGCUACCACCCUUCGCUUGAGAUUCCGUAUGAGUAUACAAAACCCAUACCACGGCCAGAUCCAGUGAAUAAUAAAGAAGAAACCCUUGAUCAAGUUCUGAAAUCCAGAUUGAAUGAAAGCGAGCUAAAGGAUGACAGAGGUCCUACAAUUGAAGAGCUCAGCAAAAUGUUUUACACAACAAAACAUCGGUGGUAUCCUGUAGGACAGUAUCAUAGAAGACGGAAGAAUCCUAAUCCUCCUAAAGACAGAUAAUUAAGAUAACUUCUUGUUCAUUAGCAAUUUGAUAUUAAUCUUUAUUGGAAAUAAAAAUUACAGAAAGUGAGAUGUUUGUCAUUUCUACAUGAAUGCUUUAAAUAAACCAUGUUUUACUGAA